GCAAAAAACGGAAACGUCAAGAGCAGAAUAUGAAUAAUAUUCUUGAAAAGCAAGAAAGUGCUAUAGAACCUGAAGAUAUCAAAGAUGUAGUUUAUAAAAAACUCAUGGAUAAUAUGGAAGAAGAGAAUGCACGAAUGGAUCUUAAUGCAAUCAUAAAUCUUUCAAAUCGAAUUGAUAAAUUAGAAAAUAAUGAUGAAUCACAUGCAAGCUUAAUAGUAAAUAAGAUUGUAAGGCUCUGUGAGAAAGGUGAUGGAUAUUCUUAUGUUUAUUAUAAGAAGCAUUAUAUUAAGCAAACAAAAAGUACAACAUUCACUUAUUGGUGCAAUUGCCAUCAAGAGCUUGAAAAAAAGGCAAAAAAGGUUUUAGAUAAUUCUAAACAAUGUAAUACAGAGUCACGAUUAGAUUGUUAUGACUGCAAAGGUGCUAUUUUUGUUAGGAUCGAUUUACAAAAUAAAUUAGCUUCAGUAAAAUUGGAUCAUGUUUACUUGCAUCCACAACCACAACACAUAGGCAUUACUGAUGAAAUUAAAAUAUAUAUUAAAGAAAAUUUAGUAUAUUCUGCACCUGAGUUAUAUAAACAAAUUGUUCUUGAGAAAAUAAAUGGCUAUGAAUUAAUUAUGGUUGAUCAAGCAUAUUAUUGGUGGGCGCAUCAUGCUGUUACGAAAUAUCAAAGAGCAAAUAAUCAAUUUCAAUCAGCCAAAUUGUUAUUAAAUGAAAAAAACUACAAAAUUAUUUUUGAAAUAGACGAUCCAGUGGGACCUUUGAGACUUUACUCGUCUAAGCUUAAACAUGAGCUUUAUUCAAUUUUAGCAGUUUUCGAUGGUACAGGUUUUCUAAUAAGUUAUUUAUAUAUUUCAAGCGACAAGAAUCGUGAUAUACGUAUGAUCCUGACGAAAUGGUUUAAGACCAUUUCAAAUAUGAACAUUAACAAUAUAAAAUUAUUAUUGUCUGAUAAAGAUUUUUCACAAAUCUCUAGUGCGCAAGCUAUUUGGAAAGAUGUAAGAGUACAACUAUGUAAAUGGCACGUUAAAUGUGCUAUAGAACAAAAGCUUUCUUCAACUAAAAAAGGAAAUAAUGCUAAUAAGGCACAUAAUGAAUGUCCUGUAAUUGACCCUAUGUGGAAUGAUCAAUACACAGAUACUGUUUUAUGCAAUAAGUUUGUUACAUCAUCUCAAGAAAUAUGGACAUGGUGGUCACUUUGGGCAUUAUCUGCUUCACAAGAUAUUUCAAUAAUUCAUACAACUAUGAUUAUUGAGUCUCAUUGGUGUAUUCUAAAAAGAGACUAUUUGUACAAAUUUAAUCAGCCUCGUAUCAAUCUUGUCUGUUAUAUCCUAGUCGAAAAAUUAUUACCUAUGCAAUUACAAUGGUAUCAAUUGCUCUUGCAAGAAAGAAUAUUGCCAUUUUGGCGUGUUGAUUUCAAAAAUGAAUGGCAAAAACUUGCUAUGCGUUCAAUUAAAACUACAAACAAAUAUCUAACAAACAAUGAGCAUUGG